AUGAACUUGUGGCUCCUGGCCUGCCUGGUGACCUGCUUCAUAGACACCUGGACCCCGGCUGUCCAAGCUCAAGGUGUCUUUGAGGACUGCUGCCUGAGGCACCAUCACCACAUUAGGAAGGAUAUGCUCAAGCGGGCCCACAGUUACCGGGUCCAGAAUGUGAGCGGGAGCUGUAACAUUCAGGCUGUGAUAUUCUACUUCCCUCGCCGAGAUAAGAAGGUGUGUGGGGACCCAGAGGCCAAGUGGGUACAAAAUUGGAUUAAGUUUCUGGAUCAUCAGAAAAAGCAUCACCAAGGCACCUCAGGAAAACCCCAAGGCUUGCACCCUGUUGGGAAGAAGGUGAGAUCUGGGAUCUACAGGGUUCAACAUGGCAUCAGAAGCAACAAGAGGAAUGCCUCCCUCCCAAUAAGAGCUAAUCCAGGACCGUGA